AGGCUUUUAUUGUUGCUUCACCGAGCUUUUCCUUCUCUUCUGCCGUUUCCACCUCUUUGUCUUUCGCUUUGUGAUUUUUUUUGUUUUUGUUUGAAUUAUUUUGUUCCGCGUCGCUGCUGUUGCAGAGGAGCGCCACCAUCCUUCAGCGCCUGACAUGAGUACGCUCUUUUAUUUGGUUGCAGCGGAAUGACACACAUAUCCUAAGCCGCAUAUCCUGCAAGGUUGAUGGAAGAUUGACGCUCCAUUUGCACAUUUUUUUUAGUAGCCUAGAUUCUGCAUCUGCACAGGUUUCUGAUUUCUUCUUUUUUAUUUUUUAUUCUCCACUUUGAGCCGAUCAUCCGCCGCUUUCUGACCCUGCGCAGCAUCUCUCUGUACGCACGGCGCACCACAGAGAAACGCGCAGAUAAGCCCUCCGUCAAGAAACAGGCGUACUUUCCGAUUCCUAAACCCACUUUCGCUUCCUCCGAGGACUCGUCUAGCGCGGCGACGCUGCGUAAAGAUAACGGAAGAAAGGAGGAUUUAAGCGCAAACGCAGCCCAAGCAUCCAAGAGCAGGCUCGAAAAUGAUGGCCGGCGGAGCAGUACAGCAAAACGGGAUUUUCUCAAAUCCUCACCAUCACAAUCAGCAACCACACAUGGAGUCCGAUCCCCCGGACUCGCGUAAAAGACCACUGGAGACUCCCACGGAGGCCAGCAGCACAAAACGCACAAACACGGGAGUGGCCUUCCUGCAGCCCCUAUUUGAAACUGAAGGCAUUGUAUUCCCUCACCAAGAAUCUGAGACUCAUGAGGAAGGCGAGUACUUCCUGAAGGUUUUGAUUCCCAGCUAUGCGGCGGGUUCAAUCAUCGGGAAAGGAGGUCAGACCAUCGUCCAGCUGCAGAAAGAGACUGGAGCCACCAUCAAACUGUCCAAAUCCAAAGACUUCUACCCUGGUAAGACUCCAACACCAACACCAUCACCACUGCUGCUGCUGAUAAUGAUGAUGCUUCUGAUGGAUGCAUGCAUGGAUGGAGAGUUAAGGAAAACUUUAUUAUUAUGAGUUUUCUGUGUAUAAGCACAAAAUCAUUUAAUAUGCAUCAUAAUGUGUUAUUAUAGAUGUCUGGACUGAGAAUGGGCUUUGAGAAAGUAAAGGAAAAUGUUAAUUUAAUGUUAAAGGACUCAAUUAACUGGGAAAAUAAUGGACACAUUAGUCCAUUAUGCAAAUAGUUGUUAGUUUACCCCUUAGUUUUCUGUUCAUUUAUCAUCAUAUCAUAUACAGAAACACAAAAAAAG